ACUUCACCUUGACGUUGGGCAGUAAACCUUUGUUCUAUGGUCCCAAGGUUUGUUUUUUGUUGUGUUUAACUGGACUAGCCUACCUUAUCUGCCCCUUUUGGUAUAAUUCAGCCUAAUGCGACCAUGAGCAGUAUAAAAGUAGCCUACAGUACUUGCCACAAGGUGGAGCUGUUUAUCCAAAAGCUGAAGCACAUUUUUUGACUGGUAUAAUUGUCGACAAUCGCUAAAUCAUUACUCGAGUCUCGAGAUUUAAAUCGCACAGCUUUUUGAUUUGUUGGCUCAACUUUUGAUUUCACCCAUUCGAGCCGAGACACGUUUGUGGUUUUCUCAGAACGGUGAUCAUAACUUGUCAACGGUAGUUUAUUUGACCUCGUUUAUCGAUCUUGCCCGAUCCUUUCAGGGUAUUUCGGAGACUCCAGUCGACAGCCCCAUUGUUAGGCCACAUGCAAUCACAGAUGUUCACCAAAGUGAAACUCAAAACUAGCUGGGUAGUGCCUUAAUGAACACGAGUCGCAUCCUACAGUCAGCAUCGUCCGAUCAGCGCCAAGAUGUGCGCUGCAACUUCUCUUGACCUGGCCACUGAAACAGCCACUCGAACGACCCCAGCGCAGCCCUCUCUCUCACCGACUCACCGCUUCUUCUAAAAGCAGCGAGCGUGUUUCAGUGCAGCCUAUGCGUUCACACCAGAAGGGGGAGCCUUGUCCACUCAUACUUGACAACAUGAUCCCCAGAGACUCGCGGAAAAAGGGAAGAGUCCGCACCUUUCACCACCACAGGCAUCACAACCCCCUGAUCAGCUCAUCCAGAGAGAUGCUGCUGUCAGCCGACGGGGCUCUAAACACAGCAGACGUGGGAGCGAGGACGAGGUUCAGGGGGCAGCUGUAAACCACGACCGGCCACCGGUAUGAUAUUUAACAAAAACGGAGAUUGCAGAAUGGACCCGAGCAGUUCAGGGAGCCUCUCCUCACUCCUCUCCAAGCAGGAGAAGAAGACAGGUGGAAUAGUUGCAGUGGACAACGACCAGGGCCAGGCUGCCCCGCACUCCAAUGCCUCCACGAUGGACAGACACUUUCCCUCCGUGGGCUCCCCCUCAACACUGGGUCAGGGCUCCGAGGCUCCCGGGGUCACCGGAACACCCACCGAAAAGAAAGAGUCCAGAGUUUCCUUUUCUAACGCUUCCAGUAUAAAGGAGGUGACCAUGAUCCAUGAGAACACGUCCAACCAGCGCUCCAGAUGUUCUGUGCCCUUUCUGAAGGCAGAGGAUGGCUUUCAGAUCGCCCCGGACGAAGGGGACUCGGCGGACAACCAGACGUACAUGCAGCGACAGUUCAGCUCCAUGCUUCAGCCCGGGGUGAACAAGUUCUCUCUCCGGAUGUUUGGGAGCCAGAAGGCGGUGGAGAAGGAACAAGAGCGCGUGAAAUCGGCCGGUAAUUGGAUUAUCCACCCGUACAGUGACUUCAGGUUCUACUGGGACUUCACCAUGCUCCUGUUCAUGGUGGGCAACCUGAUCAUCAUCCCGGUGGGCAUCACCUUCUUCAAGGACGAGACCACCGCGCCCUGGAUCAUCUUCAACGUGGUGUCGGACACCUUCUUCCUCGUGGACCUGGUGCUCAACUUCCGCACGGGCAUCGUGUUCGAGGACAACACGGAGAUCAUCCUGGACCCCAAGAAGAUCAAGACCAAGUACCUGAAGACCUGGUUCCUGGUGGACUUUGUGUCCUCCAUCCCCGUGGAUUACAUCUUCCUCAUCGUGGAGAAGGGCAUCGACUCGGAGGUGUACAAGACGGCCCGGGCCCUCCGCAUCGUCCGCUUCACCAAGAUCCUCAGCCUGCUGCGCCUGCUGCGGCUCUCCCGGCUCAUCCGCUACAUCCACCAGUGGGAGGAGAUCUUCCACAUGACCUACGACCUGGCCAGCGCGGUGAUGCGGAUCUUCAACCUGAUCGGCAUGAUGCUGCUGCUGUGCCACUGGGACGGCUGCCUCCAGUUCCUGGUGCCCAUGCUGCAGGACUUCCCCUCUGACUGCUGGGUGUCCCUCAACAAGAUGGUGGUGAGUGGCCGCCACCGUGUGCUGGUGUGUGUGUGUGUGUGUGUGUGUGUGUGUGUGUGUGUGUGUGUGUGUGUAGGUGUGUGUGUGUGUGUGUGUGUGUGUGUGUGUAGGUGGUGUGUGUGUGUGUGUGUGUGUGUGUGUGUGUGUGUGUGUGUGUGUGUGUGUGUGUGUGUGUGUGUGUGUGUGUGUGUGUGUGUGUGUGUGUGUGUGCCUCUGACCUCUCAGUACAAACAAGUGGAGCAGUACAUGUCCUUCCACAAGCUGCCGGCGGACUUCCGGCAGAAGAUCCACGACUACUACGAGCACCGGUACCAGGGCAAGAUGUUCGACGAGGAGAGCAUCCUGGAGGAGCUCAAUGAGCCGCUGAGAGAGGAAAUCGUCAACUUCAACUGCCGCAAGCUGGUGGCGUCGAUGCCGCUGUUCGCCAACGCCGACCCCAACUUCGUGACGGCCAUGCUGACCAAGCUGCGGUUCGAGGUGUUCCAGCCCACCGACUACGUGGUGCGGGAGGGCACCAUCGGCAAGAAGAUGUACUUCAUCCAGCACGGUGUGGUCACCGUGCUGACCAAGGGCAGCGUGGGCAUGAAGCUGAUGGACGGGUCCUACUUCGGAGAGAUCUGUCUGCUGAAGGGUCGGCGGACAGCCAGCGUGCGGUCGGACACGUACUGCCGCCUGUACUCGCUGUCGGUGGACAACUUCAAUGAGGUGCUGGAGGUACCCAUGAUGAGGAGAGCCUUCGAGACCGUGGCCAUCGACCGGCUGGACCGCAUAGGCAAGAAGAACUCCAUCCUGAUGCACAAGGUCCAGCACGACCUCCACUCGGGCGUCUUCAACAACCGGGAGAACGAGAUGAUCCAGGAGAUCGUCAAGUACGACCGGGAGAUGGUGCAGCAGGUGGAGGUGCCCCGGCAGCGGGCCAUGUCCAUGACGUCCCCCAUGCACGCCAGCAUGUUCUCCCCUUCCGCCACGGGCUCCCUGACGCGGGACGGCUCGGCCAUCGCCACCCUCCAGCAGGCGGUGGCCAUGAGCUUCUGCCCCCCCAUGGCGGGGGGGAACAGCCUGCAGUCCCCCCGGGUGGUCCGACGCUUCCAGGUCAUCCAGAACGUGUCCACCCCCGUCUCCGCCUCCCCUCGCCACUCCCUGCAGCCCCAGCUCCACCCCCUCUCCAGCCCCUCCGUCCAUAGCCCCCGGGCGCUCUCGGGUCAGAUGUUCCAGUACGGCUCGGUGGGCCUCGGGGGUCCCCCGUCCUCGGGGUCCCAGCUCUCCCUCCUCCAGCUGCAGCAGCAGCAGCCGCCGCCGCUCAGCCCCACCCUGCGACCCAGCGUCCACAAGAGCACCCACUCCCUGCAGAUGGGCGGCCUCAGUCAGGACGUCCGGGCGCUGUCCACGUCCCAGCCCACGCUGCCCCACGACGGGGCGCCGCCGGUCGCCCCGAGCCCGGCCCCGUCCGCCAGGGUCUCCUCCACCUCCAUCGGGCCCCCUCCUCAGACCCCGUCGGCGCCGGGACUCGCGGGCCCCUGGGGGGCGUUACCCCACCGGGUGGGGCUGCCCCACCAGAUGUCCGUGGGGGCCCUCCCCGUCGCCGGUCACGUGCACGUGCACGGCGUGGGGGGCGGGGCCGGGGGGCCGCCGGCGGGGGGCAUCGGACCGGGACUGCCAGAGCCGCUUCGGCCCAAGAAGGACUCCAUCUCGAGCCUUCCGGAAGCGGAGCGCCUUAAAGUCCGAUCCAGGCUCUCCUCAAACUUGUGACCUUAACAACGCCUGCAGAAACGGGGGCGAGUCAGGGGGUGGAUCGUCUCUCUCCCUCUCUCUCUCCCUCUCUCUGUCUCUGGCUCUAUGUUUUGCAGCUCCUGUGGUGGAUUCCUCGUCUGUCCACUCCAGGGA